AUGGUCGCCCCGGAGCAAUCCACGUUUGUUUCAGCUGGUUCUGGCAUGUCACUGGUCGACAACUCGAUCCUGUCCCUGGGCACCACAGUCCGCACACCUGGCUUCCACCACACCACACUCAACCUUACAACGCCGAUCCGCAUCCGCCAGGGGGAGGAAAACAAGCAAGCAAACAAGAAUACCUCUACCUUCUCGCAAGCUGAGGGUAUGGAUAAUGACCACCGACGAUGCAUACAAAUCUCCAUCAAUAACUGUUGGUCAAAACUUGAUGAGUAUUACACCCUACUUGGCCAAUCCCCGCCUUACCCAGCUGCUGUCAUUCUUCACCCGCGCUGGAAUGUGUCUUGGCUUGAGGCGAAUUGGACCAGCCGCGAGCAACUGGUAUGGCUGCGAGACGCCAAGAAGAGCGUUCGGGAAUAUUUCGAACAACAUUAUGCAGCCAAUGAGCCAUCUAAUCGAGUGAAAACCGUGUUUGGAAAAGCGAUGCGGCAAGCCGAGCCCAGUCAAUUCGACCAGUGGAUGCAGAGCCAGGAUCGGCACAUGACGGAGGAAGGCGAUGAACUUGCAGCUUAUAUGAGGCAAGGCCCGAUUCGGCGAGAGAACUUGAAUCCUAUUCUGUGGUGGAAGGACCACCAAGAAAAAUAUCCACGCUUGAGCAAGUUUGCCCUCGACAUAUUGGCGAUUCCUGCCAUGUCUGCCGAUCCUGAGCGGACUUUCAGUGUGACAAAAUGA